AUGCCUGGGGAUUUACCCCUGGAGCAUUCACCCCAUGCCUGGGGGAUUCACUCCAUGCCUGGGGGAUUCACCCCCUGUUUGGGGAACCCACUCCAUGCCUGGGCUGUCAUUCCCUGGCUGGGGGAUUCACUGCAUGCCUGGGGGCUCGUUCCCUGGCUGGGGAUUCCCUCUGUGGCUGUGGGAGUCGCUCAGUGGCUGGGGUCUCUCACCACGCCCUGCCCCGCAGGCAGAGAUGCCACCAGGGCGUUUGCCAGCGGCGACUUCACCGCGGCGGGGCUGGUGGACGCGGUGUCGGGGCUGUCACCCGCCCAGCUGCUCUCCAUCCACCGCUGGCUGAGCUUCUACAGCGACAACUACGAGCCCGUGGGGAAGCUGGUGGGCAGGUUCUACGAUGAAAAUGGGGCACCUACAGAAGCCCUGAGGGAGGUUGAGGCUGCCAUUGAGGAAGCUGUCAAAUUCCAAGCAGAAAGUGAGCAGAGGAAGCAGCAGUUCCCACCUUGCAACUCUGAAUGGAGCUCUGCUAAAGGUACCCGGUUCUGGUGCUCCAGACAGAGUGGGGGCGUGCACCGAGCCUGGGCCGGAGUCCCUCGGAAGCUGUUCAGCCCUGGCCAGGGGAGCCGCUGUGUGUGUGUGAGGAGCACAGGCCCCCCCUGGGGACAGCCACACUCCCAGCACAGCGACACUGGCGACCUGGAUGACCCUCAGCUGCAGCAGUACGAGGGCUGCCCUCCCCUGGCCGAGCAGUGCGUGCUCCCCCCGGGCUGACUGCAGCUGCUGCACUCCAGAGCCCUGCAGCCCAACCUGCACUUUGGGUGGGCAGCUCCACCUUCAUCCCUUCUACUGUCCAUGCAGAGGGAGCAAUAACAAUCUCAUGUUAUUUGUGAUGCUUUUUUACACGUGGAGAUGAAGUUGAGAGAAGAGGGAAACACUUCAGCCAGGGUUAGUGGCAAAAAAAUCAAGGAACAGAAUGCUUUCUUUAUUUCUAUGGGAAAUAUUUUUGCACCUGGGAACAAACCAUAAGAUGCACAGCCUGAAUGGUAUUUCUGCACAUUUGUUGUGCAGUCAGGAAAUGGAUGUUUGUGUGCACAGUGGUUUAAGGCAGCCAGGUCAGUGAGCACAGGAACUGCUGCAGCAUCACUGCCCACAGUUGGUGCAGUGCUCAGCUCCUGCUGCAGGGCACUGCUGAUGCUCCUUCCCAGGCACCUGACUCACUCCAAGGAGUUUAAAGGUAAUAGGGAGAACCCUGAAUUUCCUCUGCAAUUAAGGGCUGCAGUAUCUAGGAACUUGCACAGUUUAGGUACACACAAUCUUUAUCAAAUUCUUGGAGUAGAGAAGGCAAAGGCCAGAGCUGUAUUUCCUCACUCAGUGUUUGCAUUAGAUACUGUGCCAAGAUAUUGAAGCCACCUAUGAGAAUUGUUGUUUGAUAUUAACCUCAGUUGUCUGGUCUGUGAUUCACCACUUUCAAACUGUUCUGAUCAGAAAUGAGUUGUUUUAAAUAGCUUUCUUUUUACUGCCUGGGUGGCAACAGAACCAUCCUAUUGUAAUCUGCCUCCUGUUUCCAUUCUGGUAUAAGACUUCCUCCCAUCUGGUCUGUGCCUAUCAGACUAUAACCUGAGCUGGAUGUGCCCUUACAAGACCCAGCACUCUUAAAAUCCAUACUCAGUGUAUCACAGCUGGCAGAAUUCAGCAAUAUGUGUGACUCCCAGAAAUGCAGGGCAGGUCAUUACCCUUUCUGGGUGGGGCUGAAAGGGAGGAAGAGAUACCUGCACAGGGUUCAGGCACUGCAAACCUCAAGCUGCAGGGAAGCAGUUGCUGGUUUUAAUGGAAUCUACUGUUAAAAUCAGUUUUGGUGUAGCUGAGCUUUGAGAGGGAUGCAGAUCAGGGUCCAGUGGUGGCAAAGAUCCUUGCUGAGCUGUGGUCAGUUCUUCUCCUUAAGGCAGCUGCCACCUCUGUCUAAGCAGCUAGGAAGUCUUUAUAAACUGAUUUUUAGCUACCAGCACCUCUAAAGUGAGGCCCAGAAUCGAAGUGAUUAGUUAAUUAGCAAAUUUAGUUAAUUAGCAAGGAGGCACCAUUCACUCCCUUGCAGGAGGACACAUUACAGCAUUACACUGAUAAAAGCUCAGAGGAUGCUACAGCUGCCAAGGAUGAAGCCACACACCAACUUAAACAUGUACAUGCUUUUGUAACAAUGAGGCAAAGCAGGGGGGCUGUGUUUUUAUUUUGGGGGGGUUUUACCCAUCAUCAUCCUGAAGAGAAGCUCUUCCAGGCACUGCCCUGCUGUGCCAGCUCAGAUCCCUCACAGGGGGAGCAGAUCUGUGGCAGAACCAAACCUCAGCCCUGGGCUUGAGCCAUCCUUGGGGGUGGAGUGAACAACUAACUCAUUUCACACAAUGCUGCAGACCAAGCUUUGUAAAAAGUGCAGGAAAGAGCUGCAAAGCAGCACUUCACUGCCUCCACAACUCUGGCCUUUGCCACAUUUAAGAAGGCUUUAAAAAUAAAUGGCAUUUAAAGUAGUGAAACCAUCCACCCAAAUUAAUGGCAAGGGCCUUUAAAAGAGCUUUUUAAAGCUCUUUAAAAGUUGCAGCAAAUUCCAGACUAUUAAAUGCUCUAAGUAGUUUGUGAAGGCAAACCAGUCCCAGUGAAGGUGGACCAGCUUGACUUUCUAAGCAAGUUUCAUCUUGCUGUAACACUCAAUCACUAUGCAAAUAGUGCUGAGGGGAUGGUUUUGAUAGCAAGAGCUACACAAAAAUAAAAAAAAAAAACUGCUGCAAAAAGGCAGGGCGGGAAGGUGUUGGUUCAAGUUGAAGUUAGUUGAAAACCAGUUCCCAGCUUAUUCCUCAGUUUAGGGUUUGGAAACACUGGGGAGGAAGUUUGUCUUGCACUAGGAAUAAGUCACUUAUUAAAGCAAACAAGGAGCCACCCUCACUGACCUGAAGUGCUCCAAGACUGUCGUGCUUGUAACUCCAAUUCAGCAGCUCAGCUGGAUUCUCCCAUGGUGGAAAAAGGGUGGGAAGAAAAGAGUGAUAGCUACAGAGGGCUCUAGUCACCCAAGACAGUGCUCUAAUAAAGCUCACCAUUUGUCUGUACUUCAGUAAGUUUUAUUAAUAAAAGACUAAUGCAUCACAAUCUCACCCAGUCUUGGCUGGGUUUGCUAUUGCACUGAAGUUUUCCUUUUCCUGAAGUGAAGCUGCAGCAGCUCUCUGCUCUCCCAGGGGGCUGAGCUGCCUCCAGUGCACAACUGAGUGCACCAAGUGUUAGUAACUUGGACUGAUGAAUUCCAUGAACCAGCUCUGGCCCGUGGGGAGCUCAGGUUUGUUUCACAAGACUGAUUUUAGGUAAGUCUAGUAUAAGGCAUUCAAGAUAACUACAUGGUACAAACUAGAACACCAGACCUCGACAGCCAAAAGAACAGUUGCAGCAGUUCCACAACAUGGACUCAUUUCAGAACAAAGAAUAAAGUUGUUAUGCCCAACUGGAUGUUGUAUCCCUGUUUUUCUUGGUGGUUUGUAAGGAGAAGCUUGCAGGGGGGCAGCUGUCUGUGCAGAAGCAGAUAGUUCCUUAGCAAGGUUUCACCUCACGAUGCAUCACCUAGUACUGCAUUUUAUUACAAGUAGAAUUAUUACACAACAAAGUAAUGCAUAUUGGAAAAAUACAUUUUUACAACGAUUCCAGACAAACAUUGCAGAUAAAAUGCCAUUGUUCUAAGACUUCCUUUUCUAUUUCACAGAGGGUAUUAGAAGGUUCAGUUAUUUCUGUCACUCAUACAAGCUUGGAUUUUUCUAGAGAUGUGUUUGCUGCAGUGACCACCUCUGUUGGUUACAGAAAAAAGAGGACUUGCCUAUUAACAUUUGAUCUACAAAAUGAUCCAACUUUGCCUCCUAUACUUACAUGUUAGUUUAUAAGCACUACACAAGCAGUUGGACAAGCUGUUAUCUCCAGCAUGGGAAGUCAUUAAGGCAUCUGUCAGCUUUUAGCCAGCAACUUACUCUGCUCUGUUAGUACCUUGAACAGCAACAUUCUCACUCCACUCAGUGGUGUGAAAAAGUGACUGCACUUUUAACAGACAAAAAAUUUCAGCCAGACCACAGUUUGUGCUUGUGUAAGUGCUGGACCACGGUAUUUGCUUGUGUAAGAGUGCUGGAUGACUGCAAUCAAAAGGAAUCCAGUCUCAGAACAAAAGCUACAGCAUGAACCACCCAACUCCCCACACAGCCCUGCUGGAGUGCCUGAAGCCUCGUGUGAAGCAGCACUUCCAGGGACACAAACUGAUUUUCCAGCUAACCUUUUGUUCAGUGCUUGGCAGACUUGAGUCUUGAGUUAAUAUAUACCACAAAAGUAGGGGUAAGAGGGGUGAGGGG